UCUCUUACAACCACCUCCUCAUCUCUCUUUGUUCGGGUCUACACUCGUCUCAUUCUCUUUAUCUCCCCCCAGAGGAUCUAUUCUAGUGACCUUUGCAUUAGCUAGCCGUCGCAAUGCUGUCCACCCUUCGAACUGCCCGCAUCGCUGGCUCGCGCCAGGCCAACAUGCGCACCACCCUCGUUGGUGCCAGAUUCGCCUCUGCUUGGUCCAACGUUCCCCAGGGUCCUCCAGACGCUAUCCUGGGUAUCACCGAAGCCUUCAAGGCCGACUCGUUCAAGGAGAAGAUUAACUUGGGUGUUGGUGCUUACCGUGACGACCAAGGCAAGCCCUACGUCCUGCCCUCUGUUCGCGCUGCUGAGGACAAGGUUGUCGCCUCUCGUUUCGACAAGGAGUACGCCGGCAUCACUGGUAUUCCUUCAUUCACCAAGGCUGCUGCGGAGCUCGCCUACGGUGCCGACUCUGCCGUUCUCAAGGAUGACCGUCUCGUAAUCACCCAGUCCAUCUCCGGUACUGGUGCUCUGAGAAUCGGUGGCGCUUUCUUGCAGCGCUUCUAUCCUCACGCGAAGAAAAUCUACCUCCCCACCCCCAGCUGGGCCAACCACAACGCUGUCUUCAAGGACUCCGGUAUCGAGGUGGAGAAGUACCGCUACUACAACAAGGACACCAUCGGCCUCGACUUUGAGGGUCUGAUUGCCGACAUCAAGGCCGCUCCUGAGAACAGCAUCAUCCUGCUCCACGCUUGCGCUCACAACCCUACCGGCGUCGACCCGACCCAGGACCAAUGGCGCCAGAUUAGCGACGUCAUGAAGCAGAAGGGCCACUUUGCCUUCUUCGACAUGGCCUACCAGGGAUUUGCCAGCGGAAACGCUGACCAGGAUGCUUUCGCUCCUCGUCACUUUGUGAAGGAGGGCCACAACAUUGCUCUGUGCCAGAGUUUCGCCAAGAACAUGGGUCUCUACGGUGAGCGUGUUGGUGCUUUCUCCCUUGUCUGCGAGUCUGCCGAGGAGAAGAAGCGUGUGGACUCCCAGAUCAAGAUUCUCAUUCGUCCCUUUUACUCUAACCCGCCUGUCCACGGUGCCCGUGUUGCAUCGACCAUCAUGAAUGACCCCGCCUUGAACCAGCAGUGGUUGGGUGAAGUUAAGGGCAUGGCUGACCGUAUCAUUGAGAUGCGUGCCCUUCUCAAGAAAAACCUGGAGGAUCUCGGCAGCAAGCACGACUGGUCGCACAUUACUAGCCAGAUCGGUAUGUUCGCGUUCACCGGUCUCAAGCCCGAGCAGAUGGAUGCUCUCGCUAAGGAACAUUCCGUCUACGCCACCAAGGAUGGCCGUAUCUCCGUUGCCGGUAUCACUUCCGACAACGUCCGUCGCCUGGCCGAGUCCAUCUUCAAGGUGACUGGCUAAAUUUAAUUUGAUCGCGAGAUGAAGAGUGAUGAGUUGAACGAAGUCAAGAGCAGGAGGUGGUCAUAGUUGAUCGAUCUCAUUGUACUGAUAUCCCACUUGUCUGUUAGAUUAGCAAUUUAUGAUGCAUGGUUUGGUCACGUUGUUGAUCGGUGAUUAAAUGGCUGAACUUGAAUAUUGCUAUGGAAUAACAUCUAUGGAGGUAGUCAUUCAAGAGAUGUCCAGUCUGCUAAUGUCUGAAUACAUGUAGGACAGCAAUCGAGAAUUUCAAGUGAGCCACUCGAAUUUUGUCUUUACCAGAAAGAGUUUCCAACUCUGAUUUCACGAUUCUAAACAAGCAUUCGAAGCUUUUCAAACUUCCUUCGCAACGCCAUCUACCUUCGUAUUGCGAACAGUCUUCCCGAUCCCCCCUCUGAUCUUAUCCAGCACAAUGUCAUAUGAAACCUCUAGCCCAACGACAA